AUGAAAAUCGGAGGAAGCGGUGAAGGGUGGUGGUUGGAGGAGGCGAUGAAUAAGAUGAACGAGGAGGAUCAAUAUGAGGGUGGUUUGGAAAAGGUUGGAAUGGAGUUGGGGAAAAGGAAAGUUAAAGGUAUGCUUCUCGAUAGAGAUUAUUUGGUUGUUACCAGGAUAAAUGGAAUUGGAGGCAGUGGGAAAACUACUUUAGCCAGAGAAAUUUAUAGAGACGAUGAAGUGCAAAGUUACUUUAAUAAUGAGAUCUUGUUCCUGAAUGUACAACAACUAAGGCAAUAUAUUUGGGGGUUUCUUUCAAGAAGCAAAUUCAAUGGAAGUUCUGACAUAGCCCCCCAAUGGCCACGUAAUCAAUAUAGCCAUCGGAACACAAUGACACCCACCCUGGUAGUUUUGGAUGAUGUUUGGUUAGAUCAAAUUCUCCAUCAGCUUAUCUUCAAUAUUCAUGGUUGCAAAACUCUUGUGGUUUCUCAUAUCAAGUUUCCAUCUAUUAUUCUGUAA